UUAGAGUGUUUGUUUCCGGGUGAACAGAACAGGAAAGAGGUACGACUGUCAUUUAAUUUUGCCAAACAUCGCUUUGCUUCCCCUCUAUAUCGUGUAUGUUUUGUCACUACUAUAACAGCAAAACGGCAAGUGCCAUUUUUACAUAUCUCUCAACAGACAGUCUGACCUGCUAAAUCUUGACUGACAUGGCAGCCAAUGGAGCAAGCUGUGAACAGCCUCAGAAACGAGCAGGAGCUAAAGACAAACAGAAUGGCAAGUCUGCAGACUCAUCAUUAAGAGAGAGGCGACAGAAAGACAAGGAGGAGCGACUGUCUUUAGUGGUAUGGAGGAGGCCUGUCACCACGCUACAUUAUUUCCUCUUGGAGACCCUCAUCAAGCUAAAGGAGUGGACAUUCAAACUUUGGCAACGACGAGGCGCAGUGGUCUUAGUUUUGGUAUUAUGUUCUCUGUUCUCCAUUGCCUACUCCACUGAGGGAGCACACCAACAAUAUGUCACAUACCUAGAGAAGAAGUUGCUAUGGUGUGCCUACUGGGUAGGCCUUGGGAUCCUGUCCUCAGUAGGCCUUGGAACUGGCCUGCACACCUUCCUGCUCUAUUUGGGCCCUCACAUAGCAUCAGUAACCCUGGCAGCCUACGAGUGUGGUUCCACAGACUUCCCAGAGCCUCCAUAUCCAGACCAGAUUGUCUGUCCUCAAGGUGGAGGGGCAGAGGGAGACGUCUCCCUCUUCUCAAUCAUGUCAAAGGUCCGCCUGGAGGCCUGCAUGUGGGGGGCAGGCACUGCCAUCGGAGAGCUGCCUCCAUAUUUCAUGGCCAGAGCGGCUCGACAGUCAGGAGCUGAUCCAGAUGACGAAGACUAUGAGGAGUUUGAGGAGAUGCUGGAGCAGGCCGAAGGUGCUCAGGAUUUUGUCACAAGAGCAAAGCUGGGAGUCCAACAUAUGGUGCAGAAAGUGGGAUUUUUUGGAAUCUUGGCUUGUGCGUCUAUUCCUAAUCCUCUGUUCGACCUGGCUGGAAUAACUUGUGGUCAUUUCCUGGUUCCGUUCUGGACCUUCUUUGGAGCAACUCUGAUCGGAAAAGCCAUCAUCAAGAUGCAUAUACAGAAACUAUUUGUUAUCAUUACCUUCAGCAAGCACAUAGUGGAGCAAAUGGUGGCACUCAUCGGGUCUGUGCCCAAAGUGGGACCAUCACUCCAAAAGCCCUUCAGUCAGUACCUGGAAGCACAGAGGAACAAGCUGCACCACGCUGGGGGAAACACACCAGCGGAUGAGAACUGGCUUUCAUGGGUGUUUGAGAAGGUGGUGCUCGUCAUGGUCUGCUACUUUGUCAUUUCCAUCGUCAACUCCAUGGCUCAGAGCUACGCCAAGCGCCUGCAGCAGCAGAGGCACUCAGAGGAGAAAACCAAGUGAUGAUGAGACAAAGCUGUACAAACAACCAAGUGACUGUGUUUCUGCUGCUGCUGCUGAGAGCCUUCCACUCAGCACCAGCCACUAACAACAGACCUCACCUCCAUCCAUUCUCAGAGGCUGAAAGCUCAAUAAAAGGAAAACAGGCAUUACUUGUUGGAGUGUGUGCUUUGGAGGAUGUAUGUGCCGUUUACUGUUUGUCCCUCUUCAGGUUUUGUAGUUCUUCCUCUCAUCUCGCUCUCUAGGCGUGUGUAGUGCGAUUGGUUCUAUUGCUGAUCUUAACAUGUUACUUUAAUGUUAGAUUUAACCCAUUCAUUGACCUCAGAAGUUAAAGCAGCGGUUUGGUGGUGACUGCUGUGUGCGGGCAGUGCCCAUCAGAUGCUAUGCCUUAUGCAAGACGGGAAGGUCUGACUUCCUUUGAACAUAGUUCUUGACUUACAAACUUGAUUUUUAUUUAAUUUUGUAACAUUUAUGUAUGGAUGGGUCUUGAUUUGUUUGUACAGUGUGCUGCCAAGAUAACUGCAAUGGAUGUUUUUUCUUUUCAGGGUUUAAUUUUCCUCAUGUUUUCGUCAUGUUAAACGGUGAGACCAAUUUGUCUUGUUUUGUUUCUGUACUUGUCAUUUUAAAAUGGUGACAACAAGCAAUAUCAACUUAAAACGGUGUGGUAUUGAUGGUUUGCACAUUGUGUAAAUAUCUUAAUAUCUUUUUGACAGUAUGCGCACAUGUAUUUCUAUUCUGAUGGUCGCUGUGGACAUGAGUUAACUUGAACCAAAACAAGGAAAAAAAAAAAAAAAAAAAAUCAAAAACAAAAGAUAUCAUUUGUAAAGUGACAUUGUGCUCUCAGCUAAGUAGUCCCAUUUCUAUUCUGUACAUUUAGGUCGAACCUUGGAUCAGAUCAUAUAUAAAACAUGUAAAUCAUG